GAGCUCUAUAAAAGAGAUGGGAAAGACGAAGGGGAAAGUUGUUUCUGCUUCUGAUCUUCUUCAGCUGCACCUUGAGAUUCACCAGGAUGUGUUAUUCAAUCAGCCCAACACUGAUCAGACAGAAGAUGAGCCCUCUGGAGGACGCCAUGAACACGCUCAUCGAUGUGUUCAGAGGCCACUCUCACAGAGAAGGUGACGGCGACUACUUGAGCAGGCGCGAGAUGAGGCAACUGGUCAAUGCCGAACUCGGGCAAUUCCUGACGGCCAACAGGUACCCUGUGAGGGUGGGCGAGGUCAUGGCUGAGAUGGACCAGAACCUUGACGGUAAAGUGGACUUUGAAGAGUUUGUGAGCAUGCUCGCAAAGAUCACCAUCUACAGCUUCUUUGACUUCACCAAUCAUCCCAUCAUCAUGUGUGGUCUGUCGACUGAAGCUCUUUAAUGUUUAAUGUCACCCAGCUUAAAAUGUUUUUUUAUCUGUGCUGGGUUUAUGGGCGGGGCGGGGGGUGCUAAGGUGCCGCCCACCCACCCCAAGGAGAAUAACUGAAUAAGAGUUUUCAAUAAAGAAUACAUUCAUGAUCAAAUUUAAUGGGGUGAAGUAAACAAUAUGUAGCUACUGAGAAAAAUAUUUUAUCUCCAAUAAAAAUGUAGAUUAAAAACGUU